GGGAACGAAUGAUAGUGAUUCCUGUGCCAAGAGCUACUCGUUCGGGCCAAGCACAACUUGGCCGAGGCACAAUCGAGUGAAAGUCGCGUCGCGUCUUUCGCCAAGGGGUAGCUUCUGUUGCGCGCGUAAGGUAGGAGAAGGAAGAGAAAAAGAGAAAGAGAAAAAAAAACAUUUAACUCGAGCGGAGUGAAAGUCGGAGAAGCAGUAGAAAAUAAGGACAAAUUGACUGUCCCGGGAUGGAUGGAACGAAGAAUUCACUUCGGUGCGGAUUGCGCGGCACGGAGAAUAGUGGCAGUGAGAGUACGGUGACUGAGUGCUGAUCUUAGAUUGUGGACGGGAUGAGACUUACGAGGAGCAGACGGUCGCUACUCAGAGCUGCAUUACGAGAUAAAUGUUCGCGCGGUAGACCGGAAACAGUUACAAAUCGCCAGAGGAAUCGCCGCACACGGAGCACGGCAGACUGAGAAUGUCCAGAGGCCAAGGAGGGUGGUCCGACGAGCCCUGCACUUCCGGCAGUGUAAGUCGUCGCAGUGGAGCACGACAGGCAGCGGGAUCUUCGAGAUCGGCAUCUUCUACCGUGGAAGAGCGAGCUUCUAGUAACACACCGUGUAAAGGUGGCUUUAGAUUAGGAGUCUACGGCUGGAGGAAAAAAUGUCUUUAUUCACUUGUGUUAACCCUUAUGAUCAUUGUCAUACUCAACCUCGCCCUCACCGUCUGGCUUCUUAAGGUCAUGGGAUUUAAUUCCGAAGGUAUCGGCUCACUAAAAGUGGUGCCUGGGGGAAUCGAGCUAAGAGGUCAAGCUGCCGUGUUAGACGCCCUCGUAGCCUCUAGCCUGAGAUCUCAGAGGGGCAAAAACUUAGUGCUGGAAUCAUGGAGUAAUUUUACGGCCUCGGCGAGAUCUCACGAUGGUCGGCUUCUCGCGCGAUUAACAGUUGGAGAAGAUCGCGUCGAUUGUGUGUCUAGAGGUUUCCGAAUAACUGAUCCACGGGGAGGCGUGCUCUUCUCCGCGGACAGAGAACAAGUUAUCGUGGGAGCGGAAAUGUUGAGGGUGACCGGCGACGGUGGUGCCGUUUUCCAAGGGAGUGUGCAGACUCCGCUGGUCAGAGGAGAAUCAGGACGCGGUCUUAAGCUCGAAUCAGCGACGAGGUCCUUGAAGAUAAGCGCUCCUCAACGGGUGGUGAUUGAGUCCUGGGCGAACGAGAUUUCAGCCUCCUGCUUGACGGAUUUGAAACUGCAGAGCGUUCACGGAGCCAUCCGACUUGACGCUAAAUCCGUCUAUAUAAAGGGUCUGAAGACAGCGGUCCCGGUGCAAGGGCACUCAUCUAGAGAGCAACAGCAGCAGCAACAACAGCACUCUGGUAGAUCCUCGUCCGCUCAUCAAAGCCAAAAGGAGACGACCAUCUAUCAGCUAUGUGCUUGCGCGAGCGGCAAGCUAUUUCUCGCCAGGCCAGACGGCAGUUGUCAGGCCGACAAAUCGAUUUGCUAAUACAACUACGUGGUUCGACGAUGUAUUGCGAAAGUGCAGAAUGAUUCGUUAGGAAUCAUGGUGAAUUGUGUGACUCGGUGAUCUUAGCGACAGAAGGAAAAAGAGAGAGAGAGAGAGAGGAAGAGAGAAAUAAAGAACGGAAAAUGCACUGUACGAUCGGCUAUCGGCGCGAUCGGGGACGAGGCCUUCAUUGGAACACUGCAAACGAUAUCAAACGAAUCUACCGCGCCAAAAAUGGGCGAAAAUGCCCCAAAGUGCAACAAUAUAUUCGCAGCGAAGAAAGAGUUAGAGAGAGAGAGAGAGAGAGAGAGAGAAAGAGAGAGAACUCGGUAAAUAUACGGAUAGUCGAAGCUAAUUAUUCCCAGCACGCGCUAUUUUUCAAUAAACGCGGCGUACGAUACGCCUUCAAGUGCCGGGUGUCCUUCGAGAAUCUCUGGUUUAUUUAGGGCCUAGUCGAGUUAACAAGCGGCGUCACACCUCCCCCAAAGUGCAUACAUGUCAAUUAAAUGGAAUUGCAUCGAGCGCUUUUCCCUUUUUUCCUUCCCCGUAUUUUACAGUUCAACGUCAGUCACAUUUAAUUGAGUUGUCGUAUAAGGGCACAAUCGGGCGUUGUUGCGGCUUCAAUCCCGCGCUUAAGGCACACGUCAAUCUUCCCUAGUCACGACGUUUUACGGCACGAGCCAAUCUUCGUUCCGUAAAAUAUCCGACCGAUCCGGCAGCGAGACACGUGAAUAAACGCAUUGGGCGUUUCCCUCGCAGCGGGGAACGCAACCGGCUCGCGCGGGCACAAAGGGAAUUCUCGCGAGGUCUUGACCGGAAAAAUUCUCUCGAAUUCACGAGUAUUCGAAGAAUUCUCUCUGAAGAAUAUUCUUCCAAACGGCGUUCACCGAGAGGUCUUCCCUUUAACUUUUUCUCGCGCCAACGCCAUCGGUCAAUGGCAACAGAGGGAGAGCGCGAGAUUCUCGCCGAAAGUCAUCGUCUUGCAUUGUAAGAGACGUCUCGCAAUGCGACAUAUUUCCUCGCCGUUUCGCGGCGCGCUCACUCGCUCGGCACCCUGGAUUUGGCUCGAACUUGUAUAUUUGUUCUCUCGGCGGAGCGACAUUUGGUUCUCGAGAUAUCUAUCGGGGAUUCAGAAGAAAUCAGAUCUCCUUGAUACCGUGGAUGAAACGUGAAUAAUACUAUGUGUACGUAGCAAUGUCGCCGUCACUAUUCCGCGACGCGCGAUGCCGGACCGAAUUCUCAUCUUGCGUUUAUCGUUAAACCAUCAUUGAGUCCUUAAUCUUAAUCCUUUGUCUGAAAUCUAGGCCUCUUUCGGCCCAAGCAAAAUUUCCUUCUCAAAUUUCUCGAAAAUAAAAGAGGGCGUUGUCCAGUCCCCCCCGCCCCUCUUAGAAUAUUUUGUUAGUAAUAGAGAGAGAUGUCAAAAAAUAACUCUAAAUUUUUCUACAUUUUUCCAAAGCCUACUCUCUAAAUUCUUUGGAGUGGAAUCUCACUCUAAAGACCGAAAAUUGAAUCAGUCUUAAAAAAGAGUAGCUCAAUUUUCCACCAUUAAGAGAUUUUUCACUCUACGGAGUGAGAUUCACUCUAAAAGUUUUAGGGAAUAGAGCGAUAAAAAAAAUGUGGCGGAAAAAGAUCUAGAUUGCAGACGGAGAGUCAAAUUCAACGCAAUCUUAAGAAAAGGAAAAAAAUCAGUUAGCUGCAUGCAGGAUAUGAGACGAUUACUAAACGUGAUGCUGCAGAUGACAAAUGAAGACAGGAAUUCGGGACGCUUUGUAUCGCCGAGACAUAUCGCGCUUAUCGCCGUUAGACGAUGCCCGGUAAAAUCGAUUCGACGAACUCUCUUCGAGAUCAUUCCUCUUUCGUUCCCAUCUCCUCGUAGCAUCUCCGUCGUCUCCUUGAAUAUUCGAUACUUUAUAUCCUGUGUACCGGGUAUACGCCUCACACGGCGAAACCACUUGUAGGCAAAUCGUUCGUAGCUCCCCCACUAGUCCGCACUUUCGCUCGGUGCUGAUGGCGCGGGGCAUCCUUUCAGGGAGAUUACCCCUCGCGAAUCGCUUAUUUCUAACGCGGUGUCUGUUUAACCCGUGCUCCGAUACAAAGUAGAAGCGUUGUUGUAAGUAGAGCGACGGCUGCAUCGGGCUGCACGUGCCGCCGGAAAAGGCGAGAGAAAGUUAGAUAGAAAGAGAAUGUACAUGUGCGCAUGCUUGUGUGAACGUGAGACGCGUGAGAGAUUGUGACGGUAGUUUGACGCAACCGGAUCGAAUCGCGAUCCAGCUUGUACGCUGUACAU